AUGACAAUAUUUAUAGGCAAAAAUUUCACUGUUUAUUACAUUUGCACAAGUUCAACAAAUGAGGCUCUUCCCACCAAUUCCAACCUGCUAAAAAGAAACAUCCAAGUUCAAGAGACCUGCCCAUUGUGCAAACAACAAAAGGAGAAUGAAAGUCACUUAUUUCGUGAUUGUACCAUAUCAGCACGAAUCUGGGCAAGUUUAGGGUUGGGCAUUAGAACAUGUCCCAUCCACUUCAUAUCAAUUGAGGAGUGGGUUAAGAAUUUUCUUAAGUUAUUUUGGAAGGAAGAUGGAGUUAAGUCAUCUCGCACAUCAGAGUUCAUAGCCACUCUUUGGGCUAUUUGGCUCCACAGAAACAACAUCGUCUUCAGAAUUGAAGUUGUCAACCCUUUGGCUAUCGUAGAUACCAAGAUAAUCCUCCUCAAAGAAUUGGACGAGAGUGUCAAAAUUAAAGAAAGAAACUCUUCACUCUCACCCAUUGGCACUAAAAUCGAAGAUAGGGAUCUAAAUUCGCAAGGUAUUCAUUCUAACGAAGACUGCAUAGUCCUAGUUGAUGGUGCUUGGAAGCGCUGUAAACAGAAUCACCCAAGAGCGGGAAUUGGCUGGUCAGCACACUUCAAUAACAUCAAAAUUUUUGAUGGAAAUGCUGCGGUAAUUUCAACGUCUUCUCUACAAACGGAAGCACAUGCGAUUUUGCGCGGGUUACGUGAAGCAAUCAACAAUGGCAUCAACCGUGUCCAUAUCUAUUCAGACAACAAAGAGCUCGUUCAAGCUCUUAACAAACGCCAAUAUCCUUUUGAAGUAGCAACUUUAGCACAUGACAUUCAGGCACUUCGUAAUAAGUUUAUUAGCUGUAAAAUUCAUAAGGUGAGUAGAGAAGUAGUUACCCCUGCCCAUGUACUAGCUACUGCUGCUAGACUAGGUAAAAUUGUCUCUUAA